CCAUCCACUCUCCAAUCCCCAGCGAGCGAGCGAGCGAGCCAGCCGGCCAAAGUUGCCGAGCCCCGAGCCAAAAGCAGCCGCCAUUAUUGGCGCUAGCUGCGCCACCCAAAGGCGGCCACUGCUUUGCUGCUCAAAAAGCUCCGGCGCCGGCGACGCGGCCAACAGAUGGGUGCCGAGCGCGCACGGCGCUGGAAGCUGCUGCCCUUCCGGUCCCUGUCCCUGCCGCCGGCGCCGGCGCCGCCGGCGUCCAAGGCGAAGAACAGGCCGCCGGGCGGCGCCCCUGUCCCGCCGUCCCCGGCGAGGAAGGAGGCGGAGGAAGAGGAGGUGCCGGCGGAGUUCCUGUGCCCGAUCCUGGGCGCGCCCAUGGCGGACCCGGUCAUCCUGCCGUCCGGCCGGACGUACGAGUGCGCGUGCGUCCGGGCAUGCAACGAGCUGGGGCUCUCGCUCGCCCCGGACGCAGUGGUGGCGGGGGAGGGGAGCACGCCGGGCGGUGGUGGUGUUGCCGUCGCCAUACCCAACGACGCGCUCCGGGCGGCCGUGCGGACGUGGUGCGCGCGCUCCGGUCGCGCGGCGCCCGUGCCGCCUUCUGCUGAGGAGGCGAGGGAGGCCGUGCUCCGAGCGGUGCCGGCGCCGGAGAGGGCGGCGUCGAACCUGUCGUGCUCAUCGGAGGCGGCGGCGCUUGCGCCGGCGAGGUCGGCGUCCAACCUCUCGUGCUCGUCGUCCGCUGCGUCGACGUCAUCGUCGUCGACGUCGGGCAGGUCGUCGAGGGAGAUGGCCGCGGCUGAGGUGGAGGUGGUGCGCGGCGGGAAGGGGGCAGCGAAAGAGAAAGAGCAAGAAGAGGAGCCCGCGCGUGCCGCGGACGCCGAGGAUGAGGCGGUGGCGAAGGCGGUGGAGGCGGGGGACGAGCGGGAGGUGGAGGCGGCGAUGGCGGCGCUGCGGCGCGCCACGCGGGAGGGCGCGGAGCGGCGGCGCGCACUCUGCGCGCCGCGCCUCCUCGCGGCUCUCCGCCGGGUGCUGCUCUCCUCGCGCCACACCGCCCUGGCGCGCGCCGACGCCGCCGCGGCGCUGGCGAACCUCUCCCUGGAGCCCGAGAACAGGGUGCCCAUCGUGCGCGCGGGCGCCGUGCCGGCGCUCGUCGACGCCGUCGCCUCCGCCGCCGCGCCGCCGGAAGCGCGCGAGCACGCGGCCGGCGCGCUCUUUGGCCUCGCGCUCCACGAGGGCAACCGCGCGGCCAUCGGCGUGCUCGGCGCCGUGCCGCCGCUCCUCGCGGUCCUCGCGGGCCGCGACCGCGACCACGCCCCGCGGGCGCGCCGCGACGCCGGGAUGGCGCUGUACCACCUCUCCCUCGCCGCCAUGAACCAGUCGAAGCUCGCGCGCGCCCCGGGCGCGCCCAGGACCCUGCUCUCCGUCGCGUCCGACGCCGCCGAGCCAGCGCCCAUCCGCAGGCUGGCGCUCAUGGUGGUCUGCAACGUGGCCGCCUGCGCGGAGGGCCGCGCCGCGCUGAUGGACGCCGGCGCCGUGGCGACGGCGUCCGCCAUCCUCUCCGAUGACGGAUCCCGCAACUCGGAGCUGCAGGAAUGGUGUGUCGCGGCGUUGUACGCCAUGAGCAGGGCGUCGCGGUUCCGGGGGCUCGCCAGGGCGGCCGGCGCGGACCAGCCGCUGAUGCUCAUCGCCGAGCAGGCGAGGCCCGGCGUUCACAAGGACAUGGCGCAGACGGCGCUGCGCACAGUGCUGGGCCUGGCCGACAACAGCGAUGACGACCAGAUCUCCGAGUGCAGGAGCAGCGAGGGCACCCAUGGCGUCGGCAAGCAGCCUUACCGCCGGCGCGUGGCGAGCUGGAGCGCUCCGCCAGCCGCGACGCCGACAAGCUCUCAUCAAUGGCGCGCUCCGCCAGCCGCGACGCCGACAAGCUCUCAUCAAUAGCGAUCCGUGUGCAUUGAUUAAUUGGCGUUCAUAUCUACCUGACGCUGUAAGACAUGCUUUGUUCGAUCAUCGGGUUCAAAUCUUGGCGUGCUUUCUUCUUCUUUGUCUGUCGACUGUCAUUUUGGAUUAAUGGUGCAGUGAGUUGGAGAUGAAACUAGAGACAGUUGUGCAGAUGCUAUGUAGUGCAGUUUGUGCGCGCUUUGUACUCUGCAGUUUACCGCUAUAUACUGUAGUGUACUGCUAUUUUGUUCUUGUUACGACAGCCAAACUGUAUAUAGGUUUUUGCUUGCAAGUUCUUGCAUGCCCUUUUAUUUGUUGUUAUGCUAGUUGCAAAUGUUACACAUAUACAUUAUGAAGGUUCAUAUGGUGAGUUUGGUGCCCAACUUUCACACAAA